AUGGACAAUGAUAAACCGGCCGUUCAACGCUACCGGAGUUCUAGUGCAGUCUCGGUAGUAACCGACUUAACCAGUGCUUCACCGCAGCACAAGGUCUCCUUGACUAGAGGGAUUUGGAACCCUGAGGUGAUAAAGGGUAUCAACCCCCAGCAUGGAUACUACCUUGAUACUACUCACUUAGAAAAGAUCCAUACUCAUAAACCUAUAUCACCGUCAAGAAGAGUUGUGUCACCGUCUGCUAGAUCCGUAGAGAAAUUCAAGGCGUUGACAAACUAUAUCCUAGCGUCUAAUCAGCUGCAAAGUAGCACCAACCAUCUUCAAGUAGACGCAGAAACAACACACUCUACAAGAAGAACGGUACAACGGCCAUUGGUCAUAGAUUUAGGUGUCCCUGUAGAAAAAAGAGAAAAGCCCUCCUUUUCCUCCAGCACAGAGGCACUGAUUGCUUCUGGAUUUCGCCCAGACAAAUUAGUAAGUGCUUUGGCAAAUAGAAAGGAUGGCUCUCAAGCUUCUCAGAGCCCGGAGGUCAUGGCAGUGAGCUCACAGAAAGUGCAGUCAGAUGCUACCCAAGCCCACGGAUCCAAUCAUAAACAACAGAGUCGAAUGGAGAGAACCACCACACGAGGUAAAUCUCCAAUUGCACGCCCAUAUGCUCAUCAAGCGCGGCAAUCAAGCCUUAGAAAAAAGAAUGAACCAAGACCACUUGGGCCAAUACAGCAGCAAAGGAUUACGUUUCAAUUUCCAUCGCUGCUAGAGAUAAUACCGUUAUUUCCAGCGUCAACCAUUCUUUAUUUUAUCACAGAGGAACCUCAAUCUGCAUUUUCUGACAGUCUUCAGCGCGCCUCUGCCCUAAGAAACAUUGCGUACUUGAGAUUGUACGAUGUCUUGCCCAUUAGAAACUGUCCAGGCGUGGAAGACUGUACCGAUUACUUGUCAGUGCAGUCUAAGAGCACUAAUGCAUAUAUACCAAUCUCUCCAUGGACAUCGUCUAUGCAGAUACAGCAACGCGGCAGCGCGAAUGGACGGUAUAUUGGUAGUCCGUCUAGAAGGCCAUCUCCGCAUCUUUCGAAGCUAACGGACAACAUCACUAUAAAUAUCCAGAAGUCUAGUGCUAAGCAAACAGCAGCGUUAGUUGCCGCUACAAGAAUAAUUGAUGGGCUAGCAACUGCUUCUGUCACAUCUGGGACGCUACCAGAGUGUUUGGUUUCUUUAAUAGACACUUGCCUCCUAGCAAUCCAAGAAGAUAAUACACUCUGUGACCCAACGGAGAGUGCGGAGAACCUUAAAACGGACGCUGAUGUCUCAAUUAGAACGGUAGCUACUAUGAUCAGCAAAAACUUGAUUGGUACUAUUAAACAGUUGUUGGCAGAAAGCAUGUCAUACACCUGUGGGAAGACAGUUAUAGAACAGCAGAUCCUCACUAGCCAACGUAAAGAAGUGCAUAGUUCGGCAAACAGCGCGCUUACCAGAUACCUUUCGCCUGCGUACACCAUACUGAAUCGACUGCAGCUUCUGGCAAAUCUAUCAAUAGAGCCGACGACAGAGCUUCUGGAAUUAACGGUUGCCUCGAAGCGGCCGCGAACAUUCGCAUUUUUGGUGCAUGCGGCCUCCGUUCUAUGUUUAGUUGGACCUGGGAUAAAGGAUGCCUUCUUCACAGGGCAAUUCAUGGGCCAACUAGCUGACUUUACGGGGCGGCUAUUGGUCGAUAGACUAACUUUCACGCAAGUCAAUACGUCAACUAUGCUUCACGUUUCCUUAGCUGUUCUGUGUAGGCUUAACUAUUCGUUUGGAUUUGUCCUGCUUCCCUAUACCACCCAAGCUCUAAAUGCUGUCCUAGUGGACCUAAUUAAAAUGUCUAGUACUAUUAUCACUAAGCCAUCCGGCCUUAAAAGCGAUCACGAUCCUGGCUAUGUCGGUAAUCUCUCACAGCACGGACCAAAGACUUAUCAUAAGGUAACCAGAGAUAAUACCGUGGCAAUACAUGCUAUUAGUAAGUUUUUGCCCCAAACAGACGAAGAGAGAUCCGUUCAGACAGAAUACCUUGAAGAGCUGAAAGCCCAGGGCAUACACCAACAGCCCAGCGGUCUUCAAGGCCUGACCGUACACUCUCUAGCAUCACUACUAUAUCUUCACGCUAGCGCCAUCCACGCCACCUUGGCCUUUGUUACCUCACCUAUGUCUUCUGGUACCCAUCGUGCUGUGGCCAGUAAGGCGCUUCAGUACACAAUUAAUAUAUCUGGAAGGAUAUUGCAAUGGAUCUCUAGCAUGCCUCUAAACGCUCUACAAGUCCUGUAUAGUAGGGGUCCAGGUAUGCUGCCCUCUAUCAUCUAUGAACUCCGCACACUUCUCCUCCCCAAUCUGUACACAGAAGAUUGGACUCUUGGGCUAUCUAAGUUUGAGUUACAGUUUUCCAAUCUGGAGCAAUUGACCAAUCAUUUCCUUGCAAGGUUGCUCAAUCAAACAAGAAGGGCUCUGCUAAUUACAGAUCAGGACGUGCGCACCAUAACCAUGGGCUUAGUCAGAGAUCCGGAUGCAAUCUACUUGUUGUCUGGCAUAUUGAACAGACCACAGGUGAGCGAGCCGCCGCAUGCAUCAGCAGUGACCACAUGUGGAGAAAGUGAGUUGGGAGCGGACGGGGUCCGUGAGUUGGACGAUAUUGGCCCGGGGGUCUAUCUGACUGGAAGCCAGGAUAAUCAGCUCCCCCGGAAGGCCUUUAGUAGGGACUGCACAUACGACCUGGAGGACCAGGACAAUGAAAGGCUAGCUGACUAUUUUGAGAAUGACAGUGGAGACAUGCCCAUUGACGAGGGAUUUAUCUAA